AUGCACCGGUGGCGGCGCUGGACGCAGAUGCCAUGACAGCAUGAUCUGUGUCUAACGGGAGAGGGUGUAGUCUACAUGGAACCACAACACCGAUGACAAUCUACGAUCUUUAAACUGGAUUUCGCAAAAUAACGUCGUGUAGUAGAGGAAGCGCCUAUCAUAUUGCGGAAGGGUACGGUUCUUUUGUUUAUCUGGCUGAGAUCCGUGCAUCUGGAGUACUGUAGGAUGCAAAGGGGUUUCUCUGAGAAACAAAGAUGAGCGUGACAUCAUGGUUCCUGGUCAGUAGCUCUGGUACUCGUCACCGUCUGCCUCGGGAAAUGAUCUUUGUUGGCCGGGAGGACUGCGAGCUAAUGCUGCAGUCUCGUAGUGUGGAUAAACAACAUGCUGUUAUCAACUAUAACCCUGCAACAGAUGAGCAUCUUGUCAAGGAUCUUGGAAGUUUAAAUGGGACCUUUGUGAAUGACUUGAGAAUUCCAGACCAAACAUACAUAACCCUCAAGCUAUCGGACAUUGUUCGUUUUGGGUAUGAUUCACAUGUGUACAUUCUUGAGAAGAGUCAACACAAAGUCCCUGAAGAGGCCCUCAAGCAUGAGAAGUACACCAGUCAGCUGCAAAUGGGCAUAAAAUCUACAGAAAGCAAGCAACAAAACCCCCAGGAAGAAAGGUCUAAAUUAGAGCGCUCUGAACGCAAGAGUCUCACAGAGUCACCUGUACCCCGGCCAACACCACUGUACGGCCAACCAUCAUGGUGGGGUGAGGAGGACUCUGGGAACAAGGAAAUACACAAUGACGUACGGAAAUCAGUUUGGUGUGGGUGUCUCUUGACAGACAUCACAAAGGAGGCCCCAACAGCUGAGGAUGAAUUUAACAUUUCUGUUCAGGAGAUCCGUGACGGCCAGGCCAAGUCAACGUACCCAUACCACAGAGAGCCCAGUUAUUUUGAAAUCCCAACAAAGGAGUUCCAUAUACAGCCCAAGUCCCCAGCAACAGAUUUAAUUGAUAUCCCAACCAAAGACACCAAUGUUCCUCUAAUUUCUACACCUCCAGUGGUCCAGAGUCACGCCUCUUUUACUAUAGAGUUUGAUGACUGCAUGCCAGGCAAAAUUAAAAUCAAAGAUCAUGUGACCAAGUUCUCCUCUCGUCAGCGUAGCAAACAGCAACAGCAGCCCAGUAAUUCCCUGGUAGCCACACCCACAGAGGUUCUAUCAGCUGAGAGCAAAGUGGCAGAUUGGCUUGUUCAGAGUGAUGUCAGUAUGAUGUGUAGGCGGCCACCCUGUGAGGAUGUGUACAGCACUAAGAGUGACUUGGCGAUGCAUAUUCGGACACUUAAAGGGCAUCAUCAUGAAGAUGGAACCCAGAGUGAUUCGGAAGACCCUGUGAUGAAAGGACAACGCAGCAAGUCUCAUCAUUCCAUGCAAUCUCAAUCUUCAGUACGGUCAAACCAGUCAGCUCAAUCAAGGAAAUCUGAACCACUGGAAUCAGUUCUGUCCCAAGAGUCUAUCUCAGUGCAAACGUUUCAUCCCCAGUCAGUCUCUCCACACAAACACCAUCAAGGAGAACUUGAUGAAAGCGAGAUUCAUCUUGUUCAAGAAGCGUCUUCUCCUCCCAAGACAGAGGUUAAGCCCAUUCACCCUGAGCCUCACACCCAGCAGGCCUUCAUCAUUGAGUUCUUUGAUGAUAAUCCCAGAAAGAAGCGGUCACAGUCGUUUACCCACAACUCUGCGCAUGCUGACUCCUAUUCUGCAUUGAAGGCCAAACUAGAAAGACGGAAAGGUCUGACUCAUGGGGAAAGGCCAGCAUCUGUGCAUGGGCAUAUUCCUCCAACACAGCAAAUCACUGUUCCACUGAAAGGUUCAACCCAUGGAGGUUCACAGCGCUCAAGCUCACUUAAAAGAGAGAAGAUAGAAGACACUGGGACCAGCACAUCUUUAUUAGCGAUCUCAUCUCGCUCUACACCAGCUAUCACCAUUAAGCCUUUUGGGAGUGUCGGCAAAAAGUCCAAACUAGCUCAGGAAUUUACAGCAGAGUUCUUGAAGGAUACGGGAAAGACUUCCCCACCUCCCAUGUCUGCCCCACCUGUGAUGAUGUCCCCAUCACACACUCUUUUACCUUCCCCAGCAGAGCCGUCUGGACCUUCAUCUGUAUCAUACCCAUCUUCUCCAUCCCAACUACCUGCAUUAUCCCAGUCUCUUCUUCCAGCAACCUCGCCUGUCUCCGUCCCUUCCCAAACCCCAGGAAGGUGUCCAGUUUCUAUUGCCUCCCCACUCUACUCAGCUGGUUCAGCUGGGUCACCUGUGCCACAGUUUUCACAGCAAUUAAUUAGUGGUGUUGAAACUAAGGGCUCAAGGGUGACAAGAACUGAGGAGGAGGACAGUCUGAGUGAUGCUGGUACCUACACAAUUGAGACAGAGUCACAAGAUAAGGAAGUGGAGGAAGCUAGAAGUAUGAUUGAUCAGGUGUUUGGUGUUUUAGAUGCACCAGAAUACAGUGGUCAGACACUUGGAGUUUAUAGACCUGUGAUUGAUGAGGGUAAAGAUGAGCAACUAUUCUUGAGUCAUAGCCAUGGUAUGGCAGCUGAUGUAAUGUCGACGUCAUCACAAGGCCAUGGUGGAGAGCAAAUCAUUUCACUUCAGGCACAUCCAGAGGUAGAAGGGCCAAAAUGGGUGUCACGCUGGGCCAGCCUAGCAGACACUUACAGUGAUUCUGGGGCUACUCAAGGAUCUAUGGGAAUUCCACCCCAAAGUGGACCUGCAGACAGAGAUGACAGUGUGACAUCAACAAUAAGUCAAAGCUUGGAUUACUUAGAGUCAGAGGGCAGUCAAGUUUCAAGGACCAGACGACUACUUCCUCAGGUUCCACCUGGAGAAAAACUGGAGAACACAACCCCCAGUAUCUUAAUUCGACAUGAAUCAAACGUGGACCAUGAGCCACCAGAGAAAGGUUCCAGAGCAUCACAGCAGCAGGACUGCACUCAGAGGCUACGUGUCCAAGACGAUGUGGACCCAGACAGUCUGAGUGACACUAGCCGUUCAGACGACAGCUCUAUCCUUGAUAGGAGUGGAAGGAGCCAAGGAAAGAGAGGAACUACAGUACAUUCACCUUCUGAAAAUGUUAACCAUUCCAGAGGAUUAAAAGAGUUGCUAACACCCACGCCUAAACCCACCUCAUUUUAUAUUGGUUCUGAGGAUGGUUCUUGCAAGUCAGAUGUGUCCAAAAGUCCAGUUCUUUCACAGCCAGAGAGAGACUUCUCUCCCAAGAUACCUCCAACAACUGUCUUGAUACGACAUUUGAGUGGCCAUGAGUCUAGGCGUCCAGUGAAACCUAACUCAUCAGCCCCAAAUCUCCAGACACAUAACAGGGAUGCGGUGCCCACCAAAGAGACCUCCAUGUCAUUUGUUCGGCAGGAGAGUUUUACCAAAGAUAGGCCAAGUGAUAACAUUCAAGUCAAGAAACUGCCACAUAUCUCUAGUCAUCCUGCUUUGAGAAGCUUGGAUACUGAGGACACCAUUCGAGAUACAUUUUCCUAUCCUAAGGAAGCAGAGAAAUCUUUGACAUCACCAGAAGAAACAAUACCUGAAUCUAGUCAACAAACAAAAAAAGGAAGCUGUCCUGCACAAGAGGACUCUCUUUCUGGUGAUUCAGAUGUGGAUACCGCCAGUACUGUAAGCAUGGUGAGCAAUAAAAAUGCUCCUGUCAGUUCAAAUAAGAAGCACACAUCUGCAGGUGAUAUGCGUAAAGAGAAGUCAUCUUCUGGUUUACAAGACAAAGCACGACAACCUACAGCUCGUGAACGACUAUCAGAAAAACGCAGAAAUCAUGCCCCUCCUGAUAAUAACAGUAAAGCUGAACUAGGUCGUCGGCUACAGCUUCGUCGCAGUGCCGGUAACCGUGGUUCUUUAGACCUUUCAGAUAAUCAGCAUGGUCAACAGCUCUGGCAUGAAACUGCAGCUUCUGACCACGAGUCAAGUUCACGACCUAACAACCGCAAAAAACUCACUGCAACCCUGCAGAAGGAGGAUCCUAAUAAGAUGGCCAAAGGAAGCCAGCAGGUGUUGACUCGGUCCAAUAGCCUUUCAGCCCCAAGACCAACUCGUGCCUCCAUGCUCCGCCGAGCUCGACUAGGUGAGGCCUCUGACAAUGAGGGUGCAGAGACAGACCGUGCCUCUCAGAGCUCCGAGCACAGUAAAACUCCUGCUGAGGGCAAGAAAUUGUCAAGAUUGGACAUUCUUGCAAUGCCUCGAAAACGUACUAGAUCCUUCACUGUUCCAAGUGACAAUGAGUCCACCUCAAGCAAGCACGGCAUUUCUAAUCGCCCUACAGAGACAAAUAGCAGUGUGAGGAAAGGGGCUUCAAGUGAAGUGAGGCAGGCUACCAGCAAAGGGACCGCAUCAGUAGGAAAGCACUCCACUACUCGUAACCGUUCUAACCAAGUUAAACACAGCACAACUGGUACCCACCGUAGACAAAAGGAUUCAGACUAUUCCUCUACCUCAGAGGAGGAGUUUGAGACCAAUUCCAAACAUAAACGCUCUCAUGCCUCAGCUUCAACUCAAACCCAGACACCACAGAAGAGUACUCAAAUGAGGCUAAAAUGUGGCUCUUUGGAAACGGAAGAGGAUGAAACUCAGAAUGAACACUUUCAAAACUGGUCUACUCAUAGUGCAGAAAUUGCCAGGCUGAGUCAAGAUCUGGCCAAAGAUCUUGCAAUCCUCGCACGUGAAAUCCAUGAUGUUGCAGGGGAUGGUGACUCUCAGACAUCGCCGGGCAUUGGAGCUACCACUUCGCCGGGCUCCAUUCCCAAUACCCCAGCAUCCACCAUCUCAACGAGAGAGGAGAGACCAUAUGCAUCAUUACAGAGGUUCCUGUUACCUCAGCUGGUACAGCAUAUACCCGAGGCAAGUCUGAACUAUCAAAAGGUUCCUCCAGGCUCAACUAGUCCAAUAGACCAGGACUCAAAUAUGAACGACCAUGACAGUUCUAGACGGCGUCCCUGGAACCGUGAAGAGGUAAUUUUGGACAAUCUCAUGUUAAACCCAGUCUCCCAGCUUUCCCAGGCUAUCAGAGAGAACACUGAGCAACUAGCAGAGAAAAUGAAAGCUCUGUUUCAAAACAAGACAGAAGUCUGGGAGGAAAUAGAGGCAAAGAUCAAUGCUGAAAAUGAGGUUCCCAUCCUUAAGACAUCUAAUAAGCAGGAAAUCUCAUCUAUUCUUCAAGAACUGCGAAGAGUCCAGAGACAACUUGAGGUAAUCAACACUAUUGUUGAACCUGGAGGAGUACUCAAGAUUCACCCAACAGGAACUUCUCCCACGGGAAAGACCAAAUCUACUCCCAAGGAGUUUACCAGCCCCACUUCUGCUAAUGCCAAUGCAAGUGCAAAGCGAGGUCCCAGGGGGCCUGAGGGAGGUCGAUAUGUAGUUUAAGCUUGCUUUCAACAAGGGCAUAGCCAUUAGCUUGCUUUGCAAAAAAAAACGAAAAAACAAAUCACAAUCAUGUAUUGCACAUCUCUUUGGAAAUUGCCAUAUUCGUGGCACAUUUGUGAAAGUAUUGUGAGAUCUGUGAUGCAAAUAUAUGGCAUAUGCUUUCUCAAAGACUGUGGACACACUCCACAAGCUACAGCAGGUGUAAACAUUGUUAUUUUCAACAGUUGUAAUCUGUGGUUUGUUUGAACGAUUGUCCAAAUGCCAAGUUGUCAUUCAUGGUUGAAUGAAUGAGUGGGUGUGUCACUGUAUUCCUGUACCAUGUCUGUUGUGGUCUCAUUGAUUGAACACCAUGUAGCAUUCAGUCCGUUGUUAAUUGUCAAUCAUGCAGUACACUUGGCUGCUACAAAUCUUCAGCAUGAAAAAAUCGGUGAAUACACAUUGCUAAAUAAGUGUUUGCCUUUAACAGGGCAAGAAAAAAAAUCAUGAGAUGUUUUAAAUAUAAUGCUAUCAAAGAUAAUACUCUAAUAUUGGUGCUUUUAAGAAUAUGGCUACUGUUCAAUUCCCAGACAUAGCAAGAUAAAAUGUUUAAAGUAAGCAACAUUUGGCAUAUAUAAAGUGUUUUUUUAAUGUUUCUUUUGCAACUACUCCACAUAUGUCUGGGGUGUCUGGUGUGUUUACGCGUGUAAGCGAGUGCUAGGUUAUGCAGAAUCAUGUGUGAUGCUGUGAAGUAUUGUUGCUGUGUGUUAGAGGUGAAAACUUGAAAAACGGGUUAUCUUCACCAUGCCCCUAUAUUAUGCUUUUAUGAUUGUAUGCAACAAAAUGAUUGUUUUUAAUUUAGGAUGACAAAAAAACUAUCAUUGGAGCAAUCAAAAAGCAGUUGGAUGUAAGGCUAUCGCCCUCUCGUUUGCAUUAGCCAUGUAUUCUUUUUAAUGUCAUAUACUCUAUGUAUUUUGAAUGUUUUAAAUGCAUCAAAAUGAUGUUGAGAUAUCCUUUAAAAGAGAAUGAUAUCCAGAACAAUAAUGUCACACAAAUAUUUAAUUUAGAAAAUUGCACAUAUAUUAGCAGGGUAAGACAGGGUAAGAUGCCCCUUGAGGCAAGAGGAUUUUUCUCUUAAACAUAAAUAUCAUCUUUUUAAAAAAUUAGACUACCUAAUAUCUUUGGGAUAAGACACCUCUCCCACAAUUGGCCCCAAGCAGUACGUUGUUACUAAUAUUUUUUUAAAAUACAUGUGUGAAUGUGUUAAAAUAAUUAAUACACCCAUGUAGUAUUAUAAAGAUCUUUGCUUCCUAUUGAAACCUUUUGGCUAAGUGAAAUCAUUCAGUUUAAGUUUAUAGUGUUGCUGUAAUGCAUCUUCAAUAAAAAAUAUGGGCAACAAAAUAUGUAAAUAUUUAUGUGCUGUAUAAUGUAGUAAAUGCACAUUGUUCUUAAGAGUGGCAUUUUACCCAUCUUACCCUAUUUUAGCUUGAGACUGGCCAAUAGAGUUAUUGUGACAUCCAGUACUGUAGCUUAUGAUACCAACAAUGUGAAUGUGCAGUGAACCAUACAAACAACAUACAAGAACCAAGAACACCUUUCUGUGUGUCAGGGUCCCAUUAAACACAUUAAAUUAUUUAGUAAACAACAUGUAAGAUUGUAUUGUUUUGUUUUGUGUCUGUAAGUGUAAUCUUCCAUUACAGCAUUUUUUUUCAUAUAUUGUUAAAAAGUCUUUGCAAUCCUGGUGUUGAGGUAAUGUUUCUAAAUAUCUGCACUAAGAAAUGAUUGUAUAAAGCAUUAGUCUUACAGUUUAGCAGCUCACCAUCAAAUAGUUUGCUUUUGUUUUGGCUGUGUGUUAUGGAUGGUUUGAUGUAUGUAUCAAAUGCAAAUGAGAUAAUUAUUUUCGAAUUAUUGCAUGUGUGCCAUAUGUAGGUGAGCCAAAGUUAGGACUUGCGUACAGCUUUGUGUGUGUUCACUUAUAGAGCAGUACUGCAGCAAGUUAAUGAACAACUAACAUUUAUAAAGAUUAGUAAUUGCACAUAAGGUGCAAUUGUAUGUUUUGUGCUGGAGUACUUAUGCUCUCCUUAUGUAUUUCUUUACUCAAUUUAUUUGUCACCCACAAUACAAGGCCUGUAAAUACAUUGCGUUGAAUGUUUUAUUUUUAA